GUUACAAUUUGAGACUUCAUUUUUGUUGGCAUGCGUUCCCAAAAUUGGGAUUGCCAUCGCCCACCACAUCACCUCGACAACAACAACCGGUCAAGAGGAUAGAUAAAGACUGCAAACACAUACAUACACGCCCCACUCCUAAACCGACCCUCUAUCGUUCAAACGAACGCACCACCAUUUCCACAAACGGAGCUGACCUGAGUCGAUAGAGGUGCCUUUCCUUUUGCAGUUUAAAUUUGAAGUAGAAUCGAAUCAUCGAGUGAGUAGCAAUCUGAUCAUCUAUCUGAUAUCGUGGAACUCCACGACGACAAAGUCGACUCCUACCGUAGCCAUCGCAGAUCCAUAACACUCCUACUAUACUACCAAGACCAGACGAGUGUGAGUAUAUCUCAUCACUACAGUGCUGUCUUCGCCCAUCGAUUGGAUCAGUCUGUGUUGCUGCUAUACUGAAGCAAGCCAUCACGACAGCUUUAGCGUGACGGCAAGAUCAGAUACCUCAUCGUGGCCUGCCUCAUUCACAAGCUAAGCGCUUCAUUCAUUCAAGCGUCAUCCACUUGUUGUACACAAAUUGUACACAACGUACACUUCCAGUCAGACAGUAUGAGCGGCCGUCAUCAUCAUCAUCGUCACUCGAGCAACAGCAGCAACCAACUUCCAUCUCCCAAUGAGCUCUACCCCGUAGUCCACGAUUUGUCCGAAGUGGAAUACGGCGAUGAUAGCUGCGGCUGUGGAGAAACCUUUGGGAACUUUCAGUUGAGAGAUCUUGUCUUUCCUCAAGUUCCCAGUCCUUCCAUUUGGAAUACCCUCUGUCCCAAUACUAAUAUCAAUGGAGCUGUCGACAAUGGCGAGCAGCAGCCUCAGAGCAACCCAAUCAGUCAUAGUAUCACACAACAACAGGACACUAAUUCCAAUACUACAACAAUGGUCAGUCGAAUGAGGACUCCCGUCAAGAGAAACGGACUCCAAAAGAAGGAUUCCCCUACCGCAGACGGUAUGGACGACUUGCCAUCUCCAUCUUCCAAUCAUCCCUUGCAAGAAGAACCAUCUCCUGUGACUCCUUCUUCCAGAAUAAGCAACACAUCCAGCUCUUCCAAACGCAGUGCCCGUCGCUCCUUUGACGAAUCCAAAAAAGAUGACACGACUGCUGCUGACGACAAGACCAUGCCGCCGGAACCAACAUUGUCGCCACCCCGCAAAAAGAAGGGAUCGCACCUGCGACGACGGUCUCGACAGCUCAUGAACAUGAUUCUAAGUCGGUCCAAUUCCAUGGGAUCAUUGUCCAACAAAGACUUGAGUACCACGGAAGCCUCUACGGAAUCGGGUAACCACCCGGAUGCCAGUAUUCCUUUGAACAGAGCCUUUUCGGACUCGUACAUUUUGACACGCAAAGUCUUUACAUGCCAGUCGUCAGAGAUUUGGGAAUGUCUUCACAGAGAGAGUGGCAUUCGUUACUGUGUCAAGACGUUUGAGUAUCCCACGGCAGCCGACUAUCAUGAAGUGGACAUGCUGCACUUUUUGACGCGAGGACAACAACCCGAUUACGCUCCCUUGUCACAGCUCGUGGAAGUAUUCGAGGAACCUUGUCAUGCGCAAGAAGAAACCAAGCUCUAUGUUGUCAUGGAGUUGGCCACGGGUGGCAAUCUACUCUCCAAGGUAGUACAGGACGGUCCCUUGGACGAACAAGUGGCCAAGCAAAUGACCCGAUCCAUACUCCAAGCCUGUCAAUUCUUGCAUUCGCGACAUCUUGUUCAUGCCGAUAUUCAACCCGAAAAUAUCUUGGUGCGGGGUGGCGAUGCACUCUUGGCUGACUUUGGCAGUACGGUCGAUCUCGCCAUGCACGAUCCGUUUGGGUCUCGUACAUUUAGCAAAUAUUCGUCACCGGAAGUCCUUCACGCUGCGGAACCAUAUUCCGAACCGGCCGACAUGUGGAGCGUCGGAUGUCUCGUCUACUAUAUGUUGACGGGAGCAUCGCCCUUUGACGAUCCAUCCUCGAAACGCAAGACCAUGACCAAGAUAUCACGAGCCGAGUACUCGUUUCCGAGCUUCCAUUUUGGACACGUGUCUCGUGCCGCGAAACAGUUUAUUGCCAAUUUGAUUGCGGUGGAUCAGUCGGUCCGAAUGACGGCGGCAGAAGCGCUGGAUCAUCCGUGGUUGCGAGUGGAACCGUUGGACGAUCACUCCUCCCACCAGUCUUCCAGUUCUUCCUUUUUCGUUCUCCGAAAACCACAGCAACAUGCCGCGGAUCGUGGCUGCCACCAUCGAAGAGAUUCUUCCCUGGGGAGCCAAAGCGUCGUACGGUCAUCGCAAGCAGCCACUACUACUACUAUCCAACAGUCCCAAAGCAUGAGUCCAUCCCGAAAGAGCAGCAAGAAGCACCACCGCCGAUUGUCGAGCCUCACCAAGGGACUGACCAAGUUAUUUUCUCCCAAGGCAGAUCAACAACCCCUCUCUUUUCCAACUCCUUCUGACCUCUUUGCUGCAUCGACGUUAUCCUCCACGGACCACGAGGACGAUCCGGCUCUCCGAUCAACUAGUCGUAUCAUCAUGAUGGAUUCGUCCAAGUCGACACCGAACCAUCGUCGUCGGCUAACAAAAUAAACACACGUGCGACAACACGUUGAUGUAACAUUAUAAACGCGUAACCAAUAUAUGAUAAGGACCAGAAAACGAGUCGGUUGCUAGUUAUGAUGACAACUUAGAGCUAUAUAGAUACAU